UCCUAAGCCAGCUGCAAUUUAACUGUUUAUACCAAGUUAAAAUGAAGAAAACGGUUGUAAACCUCGAUAAACUAAUUCAAGGUUUCAGUCUCCUGGAGCAAGUAUAUCAACGACAACAUAACGCAAUCUUGUUUGAUGUUAUAUUUCCUAAGAGAGAUUAAAAAUUCUUACCUUUAAAGUUAGUGGUUAGCAAGCUAGCUGUCUGAGUCCGCCAUGUUUGAUUUCCCUGAAGCAGCUGUUCUGUUUGUGUUCAUUAGAAAAUAACAGAGCUGAGGGGAAAGAACAAUAUCCUUGAAAUAAAACUGGACGAAACCAAUAGACUUCUAAAAUUGUCUCAAAACAAGGAAAAACAUUUAAUUGAAGAGAAAGCUGGAUUGUUGGGGAACAUUAAAUGUCUUCAGCACAACUUGGAACAACAGUGUAACCUUCGGGGUGAAAACGAGAAGCUGAAAAAUGUCGUCCUUAAUUUGAAGAAGCAAAAUGAAGAAAAAGUGGAGGAGAGAAAGGCUUGUGUUCAGAGGCUGCAGAGUGAGAUGAGAGCUUUGCAAGAGCAACACCAGAGGGAGCUGGAGGACUGUGCUGCAGAUACAAAGAGGCGGCUGGAGGCUAAAGAUGCUGAAAUAAACGUGGUUCUGGACAGAGAAGAGAAAGCGAUAGAAGCCAUGAGACAGAACAUGAAGGACCAGGAAAAAGCAAAGCAAAGUGAAGUUUUAAAGAUACAAAUGGAGUUCAGUGCUAAGCUUGCGAGAGCUCAGAGUAUGUCAGUGAAGAGCCAGCAGCAGCCACAAGCAUCUGGGAUCGUUCCUCAAAACAUCUUUAAAAGAAAGCUGCAGUUCCUGCAGGAAGAGAAAAAUAAAGAGAUUGAGGCUCUGCGCCAGAGAGUUAAAGAGCUGGAGCAACAGAGGCUGCGCACCUUCUCCGAGCCUGGUCUGAAGAGGAGGAAAAUCUGAACGUCUCUUUUACCUACCAUAGACAAUGUGGUAUCAAGCAUUUAUCAUAUACAGCACAAUGUGAUGAUGCAUUGCAUGAUACAUUUUGUGACAUUGUGAAAGGGUGCUUGGUUUUGCAUUCAAAAUAAUAUCAGUAUACCUGUAUCGUUUCUUUUUUAAAUUUAUUUAAAUAAAUGAAUGGCAGCUUGUGAGAAGAGGAUUUGCAAAGGUUAGUAAACACUGAAGGACAUGUGAGUUCAAAUAAACACAUGAUAAGUGCAGGAUGUAGCCUGAUCAUUCAGUGCUGUACACACACACCGUAGACACUUGGAGUGUAUGAGUUCUAUACUUCAGGCAGUCACUGACUACAAAGGAUUUGGAUCCAAGUAUUAAAAAUGACAAUUUUAUUUUUUUUAUUGUUCGUUUAUCCAGUCACACCCCUGCGGGUCUUCCCCAAACUGUUGCCACAAAUUUGAAAUUGUAUUUGUAGAGAAUGUCUUUGUAUGCUGUAGUAUUAAAAUUUCCUUUCCUAGUACUAUGAGGCCCAUACAUGUUCCAACAAGACAAUGCUCCUUUUGCACAAAACAGGGGUCUAUAAAGACAUGUUUUGUCAAGGUUGGAGUGGAAGAAGUCAAGUGCCCUAACCCCACUAAACACCUUCUCACCCAACAUCAGUGCCUGUCCUCACUAAUGCUUUUGUGGCUCAAUGGGCAAAUCCCCAUAGCCACACUCCAAAAUCUAGUAGAAUCUUUCCUGGAAGGUUGGAGGUUAUUAUAAGAGCAAAAGGAGACUAGAACUGGAAUGGAAAGGUGCUGGCAUUCUUAUAUCAUUCAGAUAUAAGACAAAUUAGAUUAAAUACUUUGUCAGUAUUCUAAACUCUAUAACGCCAUCAUUCUUUUGUACUGCUUAGCAAGGGAACAACACAAAACAAUGCACAAAUACACAGACUCUCAUGUCAAAGGAUUCAGGGAGGAAGCCAGAGUACCUGGCGGAAGCACCUGAAGCACAUAUAGAACAUGCAAACUCCAUACACAAAGGGUGGAGGCAGGAACUAAACCCCCAUCCCUGGAGGUGCAAACAUGCUAACCACUAAGCCACCAGAAAAUUAAUAAUAAUAAUAUGCACAAGAUUUCCUGAAAUACAUAAACAAGUUACUAUUUAUUUGUUAUAUUUACAUGAAUGCCAAACACAGGCACUAUUAUUUUGUCAUUUUCAUGUUAGUGAACUAGUCACAAGUAAUCGCUAUUUUUAUUGCAUAAUAUCUGAGAGUUUUACCUUAAAACCACCAUGCAUCUAUUUGCAAUGUUAUGCAUUUCUGUAGCUUGCACCUAAUCCAGGCUUUCAGAUUUAUACUAAAAAGUUCAGCUCUGCCUCUGGGUAAAUGUUUAUUAAAUAUAAAAUGUAGUAUUAAAUCAUAGCAUGCUCAAUAAAAGCAUUACUCAGAAUACUCAGUUAAUAUACACAUGCUUUUAUUGUACCUUGUUCACGUUAAAAGUGUGAGUCUUACUCGAAAGAUUUUGAAGCUAAGGAUAAUCACAUUGUGUCAAAGAGGGACAGCCCUAAUCUUAUUUAGCAGUUACAUAACAUCAGAUCCUUACACUGAACACAAAUCAGAGAUCAACCUCAUUCCAACUUUUACAGUGAUUCAAAAACUGAUUUGAUUACGUUGUUCUGCUCUGUUUCUCAGGAUGCCAAAUUCAGACCUAACUAUAUAAAAAGCUCCCUGUACUUGAAUGCUUGUGUCCCUUAAUUCAUCAGUCCAUCUUUCUAGAAAUUCUGGGAUUAAAGAAGACCUAAAUAAAGCUUAAUGGUUAAGAUGCUUGCCAGGAGUGUAAUCCCGCUUUCCCGCUUUAAUCUCCCGAGUCAGACAGGUGAGGUGGGAGAGAAUAAAUUAGC